UAAGGCGGGAAUGCCUCUUUAGCGAAGGGAAAUAUUUACAUCGGCUAUGGCGACGCUCACAUUGCCGCAGCAAGCAUCGAUCGCGGCAUCUUCAAUCCUGGGGAAGAACUCUAGAAGAUGCCGCCAAUCCUCUCCUCGAAUGCAGGUAAGUGCUAGGGCAGCAAUGCGUUCUUCCCCAGAUUCGAGAGCGGUGCCAGCGCUUCAAGCUGCGGCGGCGUUUGCUAUAGCUGGGGCGCUCCAGAUCUCAGCGGUGCCAGUGCUUCCAGCAAAUGCGAACGAAUUCAGCGUGCUGGCGAAUGGACCUCCCACGGAGAGCCAUCUCGUGGACGAUGCCGGUGUUGUGAGCCGUGUCAACAAGUCGGAUAUCAAGAAUCUUCUCACGGAUUUGGAGGAGCGCAAGGGUUUUCACAUCGACAUUGUCACUCUUCGCAAAUUGACGAGUAAAGCCGAUGCGUUCGAAUUUGCGGAUCAGCUACUGGAGAAGUGGUACCCUACUGUAGAAGUUGGCAACAACAAAGGACUCGUUUUACUCGUGACAACACAGAAAGAAGGCGCUGUCACCGGCGGCCCAGAGUUCACCAAGGCAAUCGGUGACCAGAUCCUCGAAGCCGUCGUCUCCGAAAACCUUCCUGUGCUGGCGACCGACGAGAAGUAUAACGAAGCCCUCUACAGCACUUGCAAUCGUCUGAUCGCCGCCAUAGACGGGCUGCCAGAUCCAGGCGGCCCCAAGUUCCAGGAGAACAAACGCGAAUCCAAUUUCAAGACCAAGAAAGAGACCGAGGAAAAGCGUGGCCAGUUCACGACAGUGGUUGUGGGCCUUCUCGUCAUCGCCUUCGUGGUUCCUAUGCUCCAAUACUUUGCCUACGUAAGGAAGUGAUCAACCAUGAGCGAGCUAUAGUUUCUAUCUCUUUCAAUGUCUCCUUGUUCGAUUGUAUGAUCAACCAUGCUAUAGUUUCUAUCUCUAAAUUUAGAAACCCACGAGCCUA